AUGGCUUCUGAGUACCUCGAUGAUCCGACACAAGUUUAUAACGACCGAUUUGGAAUGUGUCCUGAAAAGGUCUUCACAGUGAUUUCUUUCUGUGAAAACCUCAGCCGCCUACAUCUCAUAUUUCCAAGCAGUGCUCCAGAAAGCGCAUCAGAUUCUCCUGACUCAGUGGAAGGACGCUCUCCCAAAACGGUGAAAGCAUCUGAUUUCUGUUACUACUUCACCUUAAUAGUGCCUGUUCUACAACAGCUUCAACAUCUCAAAAUCCAAGCCUUGUUUGCACCCAUACUCGCACAGUGCUUUGCUGAACCCAUCACAAAGUUACCACGCCUUGAAUCACUUGAGCUUGAGGGAGUGUCGGCUAGAAACCGAGACGACAUUUGUCGCCUUCCUGGCUGCCUUUCUAUAAUCUCAAGACCCUGA